AUGACUGUUCUUACACCCCGCGAGAAACAAUGGUGGAAACAGGCAGUAAUCUACCAGAUCUACCCAGCCUCGUUUUGCGACUCCGACGGUGAUGGAGUGGGCGACCUCAAUGGCAUCACAUCCAAGCUGGACUACAUCGCCGACCUCGGCGUGGACGUCAUCUGGAUUUGCCCGAUGUACGACAGCCCGCAAGUCGACAUGGGCUACGACAUCAGCAACUAUGAGGACGUCUACAGGCCGUACGGUACCGUGCAGGAUAUGGAGCGACUCAUCAAGGAGACGCAUGCACGCGGCAUGAAGAUCAUGCUGGACCUAGUCAUCAACCACACCUCAGACCAGCACGCGUGGUUCAAGGACUCACGGGCCAGCAAGGACAGCCCGAAGCGAGACUGGUACAUCUGGAGACCGGCCAAAUACUCGGCCUCGGGUGAACGCCUUCCACCCAACAACUGGCGAUGCAACUUUGGGGGUGGCAGCGCAUGGGAAUGGGAUGAAGCCACACAGGAGUAUUACCUCCACCUUUUCGCCGUUGAGCAGCCCGACGUCAACUGGGAGAACCCCGAGACCCGCAAGGCCAUCUACGCUUCGUCCAUGGAGUUCUGGCUCGAGCGGGGCGCGGAUGGUUUCCGCGUUGACACUGUCAACAUGUACAGCAAGCCGCCGACCCUUCCCAACGCCCCGGUUGUCGACCCCAGCACGCCCUACCAGCCGGCCGGAAUGAUCUACUGCAACGGUCCGCGGAUGCACGAGUUCCUCGCCGAGAUGAACGCGGUGCUCGAAAAAUACGGGGCCAUUACCGUCGGCGAACUACCGUGCACCCCCGAUACGGCCCGCGUCCUGCAGUACGUCAGCGCCAAGGCCAAGCAGCUGAACAUGGUUUUCCAGUUCGACAUCGUCGACGUUGGCAUGGGCGCAACGCACAAGUUCGCCACCCCGCCGCGCAACUUCCGACUGCCCGACUUCAAAGCCGCCGUUGACCUCACUCAGGCCCUGAUCCGCGGCACAGACGGCUGGUCGACCGUGUUCCUCGAGAACCACGACCAAGCCCGUUCUGUCAGCCGGUUCGCCUCCGACGUACCCCAGCACCGCGUAGCCAGCGCCCGCCUGCUGGCCCUCAUGCAAGCGUGCCUCAGCGGAACCCAAUACGUCUACCAGGGCCAGGAAAUCGGCAUGGUCAACCUGCCCGCCGACGGCAGCUACCCGAUCGAGAACUACCUCGACAUCGACAGCAGCCUCUUCUACCGCAUGGUGCAGGAGCGGUACGGCAAGGACAACCAGGCCGAGCUGGAUAAGGCGUUUGCUGCGAUCCAGUACCUUGCGCGUGACCACGCGCGUGUGCCGAUCCCAUGGGAUGGGAAGGGCAAGUACGGCGGGUUUUCGCUUGCGGCGGAGGAAGCGGGCAAGGAGGUGAAAGAGCCGUGGAUGAAGCCGCAUCCGCUGGCGGGGGAGAUCAAUGUCGCCUCGCAGCUGGGAGACGAGGAGAGUGUGUUGGCGUAUUGGCGCAAGAUGUUGAAGUUCCGCCGGGAGCAUGCGGAUUUGUUGGUGUAUGGGGAUUUUGUGGACUUGCGGCCGGACGAUGGGGAUCUGUUUGUCUUUGUCAAGGUGCCGGACCACGGGGGGGGUGGGGAUAGGGUGCUUGUGGUCCUGAAUUUCACCGAGGGUGAGAAGACUUGGUCGGCGCCUAAUGCGAAGGAGCUCGGUUUGGAGAGGGAGCCGGAGUUAAUCCCUAUCAUGUCGACGCACAAGGGCAAAACUGAGGUUGGAAGGUUGGCGCCGUUUGAAGGUAAUGCGUAUUUGCUGCGGUAG